UGUUUUCUGUAAGUCAUUCCUCCCUGUUGUGACAGUAUGAGUGAAGUCAUUUGAUCCAGCUGCAGGACAGAGGCCAUUUCAUUUAUUAGGGACAGCAGUAUGACUGUGAGUUUAAAUGGUUUCUAUUGUUCUAUUGUGCUCCCCCACUCACUCACUCACUCACUCACCCACACACAUACACACAAUUUCACUCACAGUUGACAUAACUGCAUCACUGCAAGCACAAAUGUUUUUCCUGAAUUGUGGAAUACAGGGAGAUGGACACAGAAAGUUCAAGGGAAGGAGAUACAACCGUCAUUCCCUGUUGUAACACUCCCACAGACAUAUUCAUUAUCAGCCAAUCAGUGUUCAACAAACAGGUACUGUGACAGAUACCACACCUAUGACAGGCACCAGCACGUGGAGAAAGGAGCAAGAAGGUGGAGAAUACAUACAAAGAGCCUGGGUGUAAGGAAGACUCGAGGAAAAAGUGGAAGAAAACAGGCACUGUUUCAAGAAUCUGAAUGCGAUUCAUGUGGACACUGUUGGAAAGGGCACAGAAAGUUUAGAUCAGCAAGGAAACAACAUAAGAAGGACUCGCUGUCCGAGAAAAGAAGAGACACAGAAUAAAGUGUGGAGGAUGGACACAUGGCUGAAUGAAGUGCAGAAGCAUCCAGCCCUGUAUGUCUUGUUCUUUUCUGUAACCUUCAGGAUUCUUCACAGGUUCCUGCAGACUGUGCCCAGCCCGAGCAUAGUGGACACAGACCCCUGGAGGACGUGGAAAUGGAGGAACCUCUCUGUGUCACUUGUCCAUUCACUGCUGACUGGCACUUGGGCCGUCGCCUGUGUCAUACAGCAUCCUGUGAUGGUGCAUGAAAUCCACUCAACUUACACCCCUUCAUCCUACAUGCUAGUCAUCGUCUCAUCUGGGUACUUCAUUCAGGAUGCUGGAGACAUUAUUUUUAGUGGAUACGCAAAAGCAUCUUGGGAGUUUUUACUUCACCAUGCUAUGGUGAUCUGGUGUUUCAUGUACGCCGUGUUCACACAUCAGUACGUGGCGGGUGCAGUGGUGGCUUUAUUUGUGGAGGUGAACAGCGUGUUCCUGCACACACGUUUACUGCUCAAACUGGCUAAGGUGGCCCAUAACUCUUUCAUCUACACUGUUAAUAAACUGUUGAAUGUGGCGACUUACGUGACCUUCCGGCUUGGAGCGCAGUUUUACCUCACCUGGUACCUCAUCCAUCACUACUCGACACUGGAUCAUGCUUUCUACUUCCUGAUGACCAUGAUGCUCAUGAACAUCAUGAUUCUCAUCUAUUUCUACCGCCUCCUCCGAACCGACUUCUUCAACAAGCGUCGUCCUCACAACAGUGCUCCUAAAUUUGCUGAGGACUGAACUAACAGAUGCUGAUGUCUAUCAGUCCAUAAACCAAAGACUGAAUUCAAGUGACUGUUAACAACAUUUAUACAUAGGAUAUCUGUUCUGAACAGAUAAACCUCACCAGAGACGGUCUGAUGCCAAUCAGAGACAUUUAAAACAUGUUAGAAUAAAACAUUUAUUUUGAUUUUUUUUUAAAAAAUGUUUAAAACUUAAACUCAAUAAACAACUUUAAACUCAAGAGUCAUGGUAGCCAAUUGUUUAAGAAUCUGCUGCAGAUGGGUUUUCACUGCAAAAUGAAGUAUUUUUGCCUCAUUUUGCAGUAAAAAUAAUGGGUCUCGUUCACUAAGCAAGCAUGCGUACGCACAAAUUUGUGCGUGAAAUCUGCCUACGAAUGUUUUCAUUAACAUACGAUUCAUCAAUAACUUUAGUUCUAAAAUUUAUUCUAAAUUUAUGAAAAAAAAUGUACGAGUGGUACAACUGAAACCACUAGUAUACAAAAAUUAGGUUACACCGUGGGUGGCAUUAUAAACAGGUUAAGAUGAAGGAAUUGGUGUUCGGAAAGCCCUUAUGGACAUGGUUUAUUCUCCAAAUUCAUUAACGUUCGAACAAGGUUAAGAAAAAUCCAUGUGCGUAUCACGUGUUGCGAAUUAGGUGAACAUUUUUCGUGAGUUCUCCUGUGCGUAUAAAUACAAAUAAUCCAUGCAAUUAUUAGUGAAUGAGACCCAUUAUCUUAUGUAAUUUUGCUUUUCAAGUAAAUGUAUGUUGAUUUAAGAAUGUUUAGAUGUUUAUACUGGAAAAUAAUACUAAGAAAGUAACUUUGCAGUGCAGUGUAUCCAAGGCAAGGGACAUCAUAACCUAUCCAAAGACAUGAAAAUAUCCAAAUUAUGUCAUUAGUAUCCCCUUGAAAUAAUCAAUUUUUUUAAAAUUUUUUUUAAUGGAAAAGUGUGUAAACAAUUGUGUUUUAUGGUCGGUUGGAAUUGUGACCAGUGGGAUAAUGUGUAUACUGAAUUAACAUAUUGCUGCAGUAAUCAAAAUUCUUAUAUGGCCCAGUUAUCUCAGCCCAGUUAUUAACAUGUUUAGGGUCACAUUCUAGGGUAACUAUUAUACAUAAAAACCAUUAUACAACACUUAUAGGAAUACAGAGAUAAAAGACCAAAAAAAAAAAAAAAAAAAAAUUACAAACAUCAAUGCAUUUCAAAAAUGUUAUUGUAACAUAUAUAGGCUAAUAAUAUUGUUAUAUUAGUGCAACCAGUUGCCUAUUUAAAACAAUUACUAUUUUAUACUAUUAUAUUUAAACUAUUUAAAAAUUAUUUGUAACAUUUUAACUUAGUGCAAUAUUCACUGUAACUUUGUCAUUGCAACAUUUUAGUGCAAACUUCCCUAAGGACUGCAACUGGAUAGUUCAUUCUGUAUUACCCACUGGUCACUGUUGUUUCCAUUAACACAUUUACUCAUUCUAUGACCACAUUUAACAAAACCAAGUAACUGUGAAGUCAUAUAAUAAUACUAGACACCUUAAAGAUAAUGUGUACCAAAAAUAUUUGUCACUUCUUUGUUAACAUACUUAACUAAACUUUUGUUUUGGAGCUUUGAUGCAGCCAUCAUCUACUGAACAAUAAUUAAACUGCUCUGGUCACGUGACUAUUUGCACUAACCAUGUGAAACUGCACAUAUUUAAUUGAGACCUUUCCAUAUUUGCAAGAAAUGCACUAAAACGUCAGUUAGUAACAUUUCUUGAGCUUCAUAAAUGAAAACUUUCUUUACAGUCACUAUUGUUACUGGUGGGAUAAAAUGGGUUAUUUGAAUUAGCAGCAAUUUAUUAAAUGAAGCAUUUUCCCAAAA